AUGGUCAGUGUUGAAUACCCCGCUGUCUUGACAGCUAUGGACUCACAACAUGAAACACUUCUGGAAAUCUCCACACAAGAUCACUGGAACCCUGCUCAUACAGAUGAAGAGGAGCAGCAUCCUAACUCUGCUGGCAGGGUUACAAGUGAAAAUGAAAACCGUCAAGGACCAACCCAACAUCCCCUGUUACACACUGUUCAUUCUGGAUGGAUCAGUCAAGAACAAAAUCCUGCAAAUACUACUGGGAGUAUUAAACAACAUGAAAUUACUGUUGCAGGUGAAAAUUAUAUUGAAAAGGAGUCUUCUCAUGUAACAUCAGCUAUGCCCUCAAACCAUGGGGCCAAACAGAACGACUCAGUGCAAGACCCAUUGGUGUAUCCAGGUUGGGACAAGGGAGAGAAUUACAGCACACAACCUACUGUAAUGGAUAGAAUUAUUCCUUCCAGAAAGAAUAGUCAUGAAAAAGACUCAUCCACUACAGCUGUUGCCUCUCCUGAUGGUGCCCACCAUGAAGACCGAACUUGGCCACCUCUGUCUUCAGAUAAUGAACCAGGACAGGGCACUGAAGGCAUCACGCAUCCCACAGACGCCCCUGGGGAUGAGGUCCUCCACAGGACCACAGCUAGUACAAACAAAGCUGGCGAUGACGCUCCUCUGACGGGUACCAUUAACUUAGCCAUCAUUACAACAGUCACAGCCUCCACGGGUUUUCUGAAACCAGAAGAUAUAACCCAAGAAGUGUGGGCACCUCGCAUCGUGGUAACAGCUGUUGCCUCUCCUGACGGUGCCCACCACGAAGACCAAACUUGGCCACCUCUGUCUUCAGAUAAUGAACCAGGACAGGGCACUGAAGGCAUCACGCAUCCCACAGACGCCCCUGGGGAUGAGGUCCUCCACAGGACCACAGCUAGUACAAACAAAGCUGGCGAUGACGCUCCUCUGACGGGUACCAUCACACAGUCCAUGGAUGAUGUUAUACAAGAGAAAGCAACCAAGGAGCCACUGGCACCUGGGUCUCCACCUGGAAGUGACAGUGAACAAGCAAACACCACGGAUGGUUCCCAUAUCAAUUGGAUACCUGGAGUUUUCCGAGACAUUGAAGAUCAUCUUAACCAAUUGCAGACUCCUCUUCCUACUAGGUCUACCCCCAGUAUAUAUGGUAAUCAAGGACCACACAGGGGGCAUCAUGAAUCCACGACUUUCCCUGGAGAGACCACAACAACAACAAUAGUUUCACAACCAAGGUUGGCCCAGCUACCAGAAUGGCUGAUCGUAGUUGCUGCUCUUGUGGCACUUGCACUGAUUCUUGCAGUGUGCAUUGCUGUCAACAGUCGGAGAAGAUGUGGGCAGAAGAAAAAGCUGGUGAUUAACAAUGGCAAAGGGGCAGUGGAGGACAGGAAGACAAGUGGAUUAAAUGGAGAUGCCAGCAAAUCACAAGAAAUGGUGCACUUGGUUCAUAAAGAACAGUCAAAUAACCGAACAGGAGCAUGUGACGAAUUCCUGACCGUUAAUGAAACACAAAAUCACCAGGAGCUUGACAUGAAGAGUGGUGUGUAA